AUGGCAUCACUCAACGGCGCCCCCGCGGACACUGUCGCGCCCGGCCAUGCCGACACAUCCAUUACCAAGGAGGGCUUCAAGAUCACGACGCGCAAACUGCCAAUCCUCAAGGCGGGGCCCAUUGAAGAAAUGACCAAAAAGUUGGGGAUUGCGCCACCAGAAAUGAUCUUUGGCGACAACAUGGUUCGGAUCGAUCAUGAACAGAGCGGCUGGUAUAUCGAGUUCAAUGCCUUUGACGCGCUGGACCGAGUCGACAAGACGGGCGAGAACAUGUUCAAGGUCGCCUAUUCCAAGGAAUGGCAGCAGAACCGGCAAAAGCAGUUUGAAGACAUCAAAGAAGUUGUCAAGCCCUUUGACUGGUCCUACAGCACCGACUACAAGGGCACCACCCCCUUGGCACCCGCAUUCGAGCCGACUGAGACGCAAAUACCCCUCGCCCUGCUCAAGCGUCCCGACCCGAUACACUUCUUCGAUGAGCUCGUGCUUUACGAGGACGAACUGGCUGACAACGGCAUUGCCAUGCUCUCUUGCAAGGUGCGCGUCAUGCCCCAGCGCCUGCUCUUACUUGUUCGCUUCUUCAUGCGCCUGGACGACGUGGUUUUCAGAAUCCGAGACACUAGGAUAUUCAUCGAGUUCGCAGACAAGGUCAUCUUGAGGGAGUAUACGGCGAGGGAAGAGAAGUACGAAGAGGUACGGAAGAAGUUGGCCGGCAGGAAAGAAGAUGUACUGGCUGCCAUGCGGGAUCCAAAUCGGUUGACCGAACAUGUACCUAUCGUUGAGCACAAACUAGAAGGACUACAACUAAACUCUUGUCACAUGAGAUACCAGAAUGCCAGCCUGUCUGGUACAGCACAUCAGCAGGUUCAUGCACGGUCGACUCUGUGCGUCGGCACAUACAGUCCGACUGAUCGGCCGAGCGUUCUCGAAAUGAUCAACAGUCGCUUGUAUACGGCCCCUUUUGCACAAGAUAACGAUCAUUUCUACGCUAACUGGUCCAUUCGACAUCACAAUGACCGGCCGUCCUUGACACACACUCGGAACCAAGCAAUGCAAUUAUUGUCAAUUUCCUGGGUCGUGGAGAUUCCCCUUUGCAAAUUCAGUCUUUUUCGACCCAGAAUUUAUUCUAUUGUGACACGCAUAAUGGCUUCCAACUCUUACGGCGAGGGCCUAUUUUCCUCUGGCCAUUCAUCACAACAACAUGACGGUUGCUCACAAAUAAACAAGGAGGAGGUAGUGCCCCUCGAACAGGUUGAUACCUCCACUUCCUCCGAAUCCUCACACACACGACAUGGAUCCAACGACGAGUCGAAAAGGGUCAAGAGAGUGGGAACAUCAUCUUCAGCCGACCAAAGGGCCUCAAUGGGUCUGCAACGUCGGAUGACCCGGUCAGAAAUUGAUGAAGACGGAAGGCGAGAACUAGUACGUAUCUUCACAACAGCGUCUGCAAACGUCACCAGGCAAUUAAGCGUUCCGGCGCCAAAUGACCCAGCGGUAGACCCCAGCAGCGAUGCUUUCGAUCUCUCCAAGUUUUUGAACAUGCUCCGUCACCAGCUUGAGGGAGAAGGCAUUGAGAUGAAGAAGCUCAGUGUCGCGUUCAAAAACCUGAACGUUUUUGGUUCUGGAAAUGCUCUUCAACUCCAACAGACUGUUGCAGAUGUGUUCAUGGCCCCCUUUCGGGCUAAGGAAAUUUUUGGAAAGACUGAGCGCAAGCAAAUCUUGCAUUCAUUCAACGGUCUAAUCCGGGCUGGCGAGCUCUGCAUUGUGCUCGGUCGACCCGGCUCGGGUUGUUCUACGCUGUUGAAGGCACUUACUGGCGAACUACACGGUCUCGAUACGGACGAUUCAGUAAUUCACUACAACGGUGUCCCCCAGAAUCGUAUGAUCAAGGAAUUCAAGGGUGAAAUGGUAUACAACCAGGAGGUCGACAGGCACUUCCCUCACUUGACCGUCGGCCAGACUCUGGAAUUCGCUGCAGCUGUCCGAACACCAUCAAAUCGCCCAGGCGGAGCGAGUCGUGAUGAAUUCGCCCAAUUCAUGGCCAAGGUUGUCAUGGCUGUCCUUGGACUUACACACACAUACAACACCAAAGUUGGAGAUGAUUUUGUACGCGGAGUCUCUGGUGGCGAGCGCAAGCGUGUCUCCGUUGCUGAGAUGCUGUUGGCCGGAGCUCCUUUGGCUGCGUGGGACAACUCAACUCGUGGUCUCGACUCGGCUACAGCAUUGAAGUUUGUCAACUCUCUAAGAGUCGGCUCCGACUUGACUGGAGGUGCAGCUGCGGUUGCCAUCUACCAAGCUAGUCAAAGUGUCUACGACUGCUUCGACAAAGCCACAGUUCUCUACCAAGGGCGCCAGAUCUACUUUGGCCCUGCUGACGAAGCUAAGGGAUUUUUUGAGCGACAAGGAUGGUACUGCCCACCUCGACAGACCACGGGAGACUUCCUCACAGCUGUCACCAAUCCAGAAGAGCGAAAGCCCCAAAAGGGUAUGGAAAACAAGGUUCCUCGUACCCCUGAGGAAUUCGAGAAGUACUGGCUCGAAUCCCCAGAGUACCAGGCCUUGCUGGAAGACAUUGCCGAUUUCGAGGCGGAGCAUCCAAUCAACGAGCACGCUACUCUUGAGCAACUUCGUCAACAGAAGAACCACCUCCAGGCCAAGCAUACUCGCCCCAAGUCGCCUUACCUUAUAAGCGUUGCCCUACAGAUCAAACUCAACACGCGACGAGCCUACCAGCGCAUCCGUGGUGAUAUCGCUUCGACUGCAGUGCAAGCCGUGCUCAACCUCAUCAUCGCCCUCAUUGUCGGUUCCAUGUUCUACGGCCAAUCUUCAGGCACCUCCUCAUUCCAAGGACGUGGUGGCACCAUCUUCCUCGCCAUCCUAUUCAGCGCCCUGACAUCUCUUGGUGAAAUCGCCGGUCUGUAUUCCCAACGCCCUAUAGUCGAGAAACACAAUUCGUACGCCUUUUACCAUCCGGCUUCCGAAGCCAUUGCUGGAAUUGUCGCAGAUUUACCGGUCAAGUUCGCACAGGCUGUGGUUUUCAAUAUCAUUCUGUACUUUAUGGCUGGCCUGCGAAGGACGGCUGGGCAGUUCUUCAUCUACUUUAUGAUUACGUACAUGUCCACUUUUAUCAUGGCCGCCAUCUUCCGGACGACCGCCGCAGUUACUCAGACGGCGGCACAGGCCAUGGCGGGAGCUGGUAUGUUGGUGUUGGUCCUAGUCAUCUACACUGGUUUCGUCAUUCGCAUUCCGCAGAUGCCUGACUGGUUUGGCUGGAUCAGAUGGAUCAAUCCCAUCUUCUACGCUUUCGAGAUUCUGCUUGCCAACGAGAUGCAUGGAGUUGACUUUCCCUGCGACUCGCUUGCACCGUCAGGACCUGGCUAUUCGCCCGAGGGCAACAACUUCAUCUGCAACGCACCAGGCGCAGUUGUUGGACAAAGGUUUGUCAACGGUGACCGCUUUCUUGAAGUCUCCUACCGGUAUUCCUGGAGCCAUGUGUGGCGCAACUUUGGUAUUCUCUGGGCAUUCUUGAUCUUCUUCAUGGUCACGUACUUUUUUGCUGUCGAGAUCAACUCUUCUACAACCAGCACCGCCGAGCAGCUCGUCUUCCGCCGUGGACACGUUCCAGCUUACAUGCAACCUCAAGGCCAAAAGUCAGACGAAGAAUCAGGUCAAUCUAAGCCGGAAGUAGCGGAAGGAGCUGGCGAUGUCAGCGCCAUCGAGGAGGCAAAGGGUAUUUUCACAUGGCGAGACGUUGUCUAUGACAUUGAGAUAAAGGGUGAGCCCAGACGUCUACUGGAUCAUGUCUCUGGAUAUGUAAAGCCUGGUACUAUGACUGCACUCAUGGGUGUUUCUGGAGCUGGAAAGACGACACUUCUCGAUGCUCUCGCCCAGCGCACAACCAUGGGCGUCAUUACCGGCGACAUGUUUGUCAACGGCAAGCCCCUUGAUCCUGCAUUCCAACGUUCCACCGGCUAUGUGCAGCAACAGGAUCUACAUCUCGAAACCUCUACUGUUCGCGAGGCAUUGCAGUUUUCCGCUAUGCUUCGACAGCCCAAGAAUGUCAGCAAGCAAGAGAAAUUCGACUAUGUCGAGGAGGUCAUCAAGAUGCUCAACAUGUCUGACUUUGCCGAGGCUGUUGUUGGUGUUCCAGGCGAGGGUCUCAAUGUUGAACAGCGUAAGCUUCUGACUAUCGGUGUUGAACUCGCAGCAAAGCCCAAGCUUCUUCUGUUCCUCGACGAGCCCACGUCUGGUCUUGACUCUCAGAGUUCCUGGUCCAUUGUCGCCUUCCUCCGCAAACUCGCCUCAGCUGGCCAAGCCAUCCUCUGCACCAUCCAUCAGCCCAGCGCCAUCCUCUUCCAAGAAUUUGACCGCCUCCUCUUCCUCGCCCGCGGCGGCAAAACCGUCUACUUUGGCGAGCUCGGCGAAAACUCCCGCACCCUCCUCGACUACUUCGAGUCCAACGGCGCCCGAAAAUGCGGCGAAGACGAGAACCCCGCAGAGUACAUGCUCGAAAUCGUAAACGCCGGCAAAAACAACAAAGGUGAAGACUGGUUCAACGUGUGGAGAGCGAGUCAAGAAGCGCAAAACGUCCAGCACGAAAUCAACCAGCUCCACGAAUCCAAACGCAACGAAUCCGUCGACCUCGCCAGCGAAACCGGCUCCUCUGAAUUCGCCAUGCCGCUUGCCACCCAAAUCUACCAGUGCACAUACCGCAACUUCCAGCAGUACUGGCGCAUGCCCAGCUACGUCAUGGCGAAAUUCGGCCUCGGCGCCAUUGCCGGCCUCUUCAUCGGAUUCUCCUUCUACAAAGCAAACACCACACAGGCGGGCAUGCAAACCAUCAUCUUCAGCGUCUUCAUGAUCACCACCAUCUUCACGUCGCUGGUGCAGCAAAUCCACCCUCUGUUCGUGACCCAGCGCUCCUUGUACGAAGUGCGUGAGCGCCCCUCAAAAGCGUACAGCUGGAAGGCCUUCAUGAUUGCACACAUUUUCGUUGAGAUCCCUUACGGCAUCAUCGCGGGCCUCAUCACCUUCGCAUGUUUCUACUACCCGGUUGUCGGCGUGAAUCAAUCGAGCGAGCGCCAGGGUCUCGCAAUGCUCUUUUCCGUCCAGCUUCUACUCUUUACCUCCACCUUUGCCGCCAUGACCAUUUCCGCGCUGCCAAACGCUCAAACGGCAUCUGGCCUCGUCUCGUUGCUUACGCUCAUGAGCAUCCUGUUCAACGGUGUCAUGCAGCCGCCCAGCCAGCUGCCCGGGUUCUGGAUCUUCAUGUACCGCGUCAGUCCGUUUACGUAUUGGAUUGCCGGUCUCGUCAGUACCAUGUCGGCGGGACGCCCCGUCGUGUGUAGUGCGACCGAGGUGCUCAGGUUUGAUCCGCCGUCGAAUCAGACUUGUGGCGCGUACCUCAGUGCGUUUGCGGCGAGGACUGGCGGCGUCAUUCAAAAUCCCGAUGCUACGGCUGAUUGCCACUACUGCACGCUCAAGACUACAGAUCAGUUCCUUGCUGGCUCCAAGAUUUUUUACUCGGAGCGCUGGAGGAAUUUCGGCAUUGUUUUUGCGUUUGUUGUGUUUAAUGCUUUUAUGGCGGUUUUGACGUAUUAUUUGUUUAGGGUUGCGGAUUUGAGUGCGCUCAUGGGGAAGUUGAGGGGGUCGAAGAAGAAGGAGACGGCAGAGAAGACGGCAGAGAAGGCGGCGGCGCAGAGUGGACAGCCUGUUGGUGCUGUUUGA